AUAAAAUUUUAAAUAAAUAAAUAUAAAUAAUUCAAAAGUGCCCACAAAAUUAUUUUUUUCCGCAUAUUUGCUGCUGUCCUCAAGGCACUUUGGCAGGCUGGAUUGGUCAAAAUCAACCAUGGUGUUCAUUGCCAGGAAUGAACCGGCAUUUUGUUCAGGCACAAAUUUCAACAUAUUCACAGUCUUGUCCAAAUUAUUUUGUUCCUUCUCCAAAUCAAAAUUUCUAUAAUUUUCCCCAACAACAAAGAAGUCUGUCUCCCUACCUUCUGCCGCAACAAUUUUCUGGUCAACUAAAUCCUCCUCUCCCUCCUCCUCCUCAACCACUUCCAUACCAACUAUCUCCUCCUCAACAACCUCCAUAUCCUCAAAAUCCCCAAGGACCUCUACAACUCCCAAUUGAUAAUCAACCAUUAUCUUCACCUCAAAUUCAAUUACAAUCUUCUAAAAACAAUCAACAAAAAGUUGAUCCAUUAUCUAAUCCUUUAAUUAAAUCGUCUCAAUUAAAUGAUAACCAACCAAUUUAUAAUAAUAAUAAUCAACAACCUUUGCUACAACAACAAACUCAAACUAAAAGAACAAUAAAAACAUUACCAACAAAUAAUGAAAGUAAUGGGAAAAUUAAACAAGAUCAGAAUCAAAACCCGCAACAAGAAAGAAUAGUAAUUGAGAAAUGGGAAGAUAAUUAA